UUAACUGUUUCAUUCUAUAUUUUCCAGGGUCAAAAUGUUUUUGGGCUCGAUGUCAUUGAAACGCCAGAAGGAGACAAGAUGCCACAACUGAUUGUUCAGAAGGAGUUAGAUAGGGAAGAGAAGGAUACAUAUGUAAUGAAAGUAAAGGUUGAAGAUGGUGGCUUUCCUCAAAAAUCCAGUACUGCCAUUUUGCAAAUAAGUAUUGCUGAUAUAAAUGAUAACCAUCCAGUUUUCACGGAGAGUGAAAUUGAAGUCAGUAUACCAGAAAAUGCUCCUGUAGGUACUUCAGUGACACAGCUCCAUGCCACAGAUGCCGACAUAGGUGAAAAUGCCAAAAUUCACUUCUAUUUCAGCAAUCUAGUUUCCAACAUAGCCAAGAGGCUAUUUCACCUCAACUCCUCCACCGGACUUAUCACAAUCAAAGAACCACUGGAUAGGGAAGAAUCACCAAACCACAAGUUGCUGGUUUUGGCAAGUGAUGGUGGGUUGAUGCCAGCAAGAGCAAUGGUGCUAGUAAAUGUUACAGAUAUCAAUGAUAAUGUCCCAUCAAUCGAUAUAAGAUACAUCAUCAAUCCAAUCAAUGGCACUGUGGUUCUUUCAGAAAAUGCUUCACUCAACACCAAAAUUGCUCUCAUAACUGUGACAGAUAAAGAUGCUGACCAUAAUGGUAGGGUGACAUGCUUCACAGAUCAUGAUGUCCCUUUCCGAUUAAGGCCAGUAUUUAGUAAUCAGUUUCUCCUGGAGACGGCUGCAUUUCUUGACUAUGAGUCCACCAAAGAGUAUGCCAUUAAAUUACUGGCCGCAGAUGCUGGCAAACCUCCAUUGAACCAGUCAUCCAUGCUCCUUAUCAAAAUAAAAGAUGAAAAUGACAAUGCUCCCGUUUUUACCCAGUCUUUCAUAAGUACUUCUGUUCCUGAGAAUAACUCUCCUGGCUCCCAGUUGACAAAAAUAAGUGCGACGGAUGCAGACACUGGACGUAAUGCUGAAAUCACUUACCUAUUAGGCGAUGAUGCUCCAUCUGAAUUCAACCUGGAUCAGCGUACAGGCAUUCUGACUGCAAUGAAGAAACUGGAUAGAGAAAAACAGGAAAAGUAUUACUUUACAGUUCUGGCAAAAGAUAACGGGAUUCCACCCUUAAUAACCAAUGUCACAGUCUUAGUGACAGUUCUUGAUCAAAAUGACAACAGUCCAAUUUUCACACACAAUGAAUAUAAUUUCUAUGUCCCAGAAAACCUUUCUAGACAUGGCACAGUAGGACUAAUCACUGUAACUGAUCCUGAUUAUGGAGAAAAUUCUGCAGUUACUCUCUCCAUUUUAGAUGUGAAUGAUGACUUCACCAUUGAUUCACAGACUGGUGUCAUUCGACCAAAUAUUUCAUUUGACAGAGAAAAACAAGAGUCUUAUACUUUCUAUGUACAGGCUGAGGAUGGUGGUAGGGUAUCACGUUCUUCAACUGCCAAAGUGACCAUAAAUGUGGUUGAUGUCAAUGACAACAAGCCAGUUUUUCUUGUCCCUUCUUCCAACUACUCCUAUGAAUUGGUUCUACCAUCCACUGAUCCGGGCACAGUGGUCUUCACAGUAGUUGCUAUUGACAAUGACACUGGCAUGAAUGCAGAGCUUCAGUACAGCAUUGUAGGAGGAAAUGCAAGAGGUCUGUUUAUAAUCAACCAAACAACAGGCAACAUUACAAUGAAGGAGAAAUGUGUUUUAGCAGACCUUGGUUUACACAGACUGGUAGUCAAAGCUAACGACUUAGGGCAACCUGAUUCUCUCUUCAGUGUUGUAAGAGUUAAUCUAUUUGUGAAUGAGUCAGUAACUAAUGCUACACUGAUUCAUGAAUUGGUGCACAGAAACACUGAAACAUCAGUAACCCAAAAUAUCGAGACAACUGAUUCAUCCUCCCCAACCACUGACUAUGUCAAGAUCAUGGUUGCCAUUGUUGCUGGCACCAUAACUGUCAUCCUUGUUAUUUUCAUCACUGCUGUCAUAAGAUGCUGCCAAUCACCACACCUUAAGGCUGCUCAGAAAAACAAGCAGAAUUCUGAAUGGGUUACUCCAAACCCAGAAAAUCGGCAGAUGAUAAUGAUGAAGAAAAAGAAGAAGAAGAAGAAGAAGCAUGCCCCUAAGAACUUGCUGCUUAACUUUGUCACUAUUGAGGAAACUAAGGCAGAUGAUGCUGACAAUGAUGGAAAGAGCAUCACACUAGACCUUCCCAUUGAGCUGGAAGAGCAAACCAUGUGCAAGUACAAUUGGGGCACUACACCUACUACUUUCAAGCCUGACAGUCCUGAUUUGGCCAGGCACUACAAAUCUGCAUCCCCACAGCCUGCUUUCCAGAUCCAACCAGAAACUCCCCUGAAUUCAAAGCACCACAUCAUCCAGGAACUGCCUCUUGAUAAUACCUUUGUGGCCUGUGAUUCCAUCUCCAAGUGUUCCUCCAGCAGUUCUGAUCCCUACAGUGUUUCUGAGUACAGCUAUCCGGUGACAACUUUCAAGACCCCUGUGUCUGUACACACCAGAUUGCCAAUGAAGGAGGUUGUAAGAUCUCACACCCCCAUGAAGGAGACGACAGUGGAGGUCUGGGUGCAUCCUCAACCACAGGUAUGAAGUGAAAGAG